AUGAACGUGGUGCUGCGCAAGGGCGCGUCCAAGCAGCACCCGGUGGCGCUCCUCGUCGAGGGCCUCGCCACCUACUCGCGCAUCCACGGCCACUGCGGCGUGCCCCGCCAGUACACCGUCCCAUUCGACGACCGCUAUCCGCGCCACCUGCACGGCGUCGACCUCGGCGACCUCGCCGAGUACUUGCGCCGGCUGACCAAGCAGUGCCAGGAGCGCUUGGAGACCACGAUGCAGAACGUCGGUUUCGUCUGGGCCAU